UAGUCCCUCGGCGGCACCCGUAGUUUUGUGGUAAAGUCAGACGUGUAUCUUCGCCUCAAACGGGAAGUUAGUUACCCACCAAACAACUGUAAGAUGAACAGUCCUAUGAGCCAUCGCUUGAUCGCAGUUUGUUUCUCUGAGACAACUCACUAAUGAAUUCAAAAGGACAUGUCAACAGACGUAACGUUACAGUUCGAAAACCAUCGGCAGUAUCCCGUGAUGGACAGUGAGACAGGCAUCUCAAUCGACCAGGGAGGAGAGUGGGACAUAAGCCUGUUUGAUGAGCUGAACGACCUAGGAGAUGCAGAUGAGCUACUUGAGGCCCUGCAGAACGCUGGCUAUGCCAGUGAAGGUCCAGACCUGGACUUUGAUAUCGACAUACCGCCAUGGAAUGCAGUGGACACAAUCAGCACCUGCACAGAUGGUGAGGUGAGCGUGGACUCUCUGUCACCUGCCCACACUCUGAGCUCUGUCCCCUCUCCUUCCUCUGUGGAAGCCCUGUCCCCAUACUCCUUUCAAGAUGAGGCCCUGUCCCCACAGUUGCAGCUCUCUCCUGUUUCUGUCUGCUCAGAGUCCAGUGGCUUUUCUGUAUUUUCAUCCCCAGCUAAGAAAGCACCAAAGAGAACCAGCCAGACCACACGAGCCAAACAAGCUCAGCCAGUCAAGAGGCCCAUUCAGAUUGGCCCGAAGGUUUCCAUCCAGCCGAAACCCCUGAUUACAGCUGUGCCCUUGGCUCAUGCGGCAACCCCCCUGCCAGCCAAGACAAUCAUCAUCCAGCCCCUGCAGACCACUGUGCUUCCUGUGGUUAAACCGGCUCCAGUCAGCAUCCAACCAGCACCCCCUGCAGGACGUCCUAUAGUGUUGUCUCCGCCAAGCCAGGUGCUACAGAUCCAGCCACCGCAGGCCGUCACCGGCAAUGUGGUUGCCAUGCCGAUGCUGAGGCAGGAUGGGCCCGUCCCCGUCGCGGCUCCUCCAGUGGUCUCCGUCACACUUCGAAGCCCUUCAUCAGACGAUGAUUCAAAGAUGUCUCAGCGGCAGCAACGCAUGAUAAAGAACCGUGAGUCUGCAUCUCUGUCUCGCAAAAAGAAAAAAGAGUAUCUGCUCUCUCUGGAAGCUCGCCUGAAAUUGGCGUUGUCUGAGAAUGAGGCGCUCCAGUGUGAGAAUGGCAGCCUCAAGAAACAGCUGGAGAGCCUGCUGAGUGAGAACACAGCAUUAAAUGCAAAAGCCCCCAAGAGGAGAGCUGUGUGUCUCAUGGUGGUGUUGGUGUUCCUCGUGCUAAAUGUUGGACCAAUGAGUCUGUUUCAGGGUCGCUCCAAGCUUGACGUCUAUUCCACGCAGCACAGCGGCAGACACCUGUUGGAUUUCUCCUCAGAGGAAGAGACUGAGGCAAUUAUCGAGCCUGAUCCCUUCAGAAGCAGCCCCUCUGAGAUUGCAGACAGCUCUGAGGAUAAGGCCCUGAUGGUGGUGAAGGAUCCUAUCUUUCUCAGGCCGCCUCCCCCCUGCCAGCCUCCUGUUAACAGGACCAAGUGUUUAGAGUUGGCUCAUGAGUUGAGGGGUUGGGUCCACCGUCAUGAAGUUCAGCAGACCAAAUCCAGGCGUAUGAGCAACACCAAUCACAAACCUACCAGGACCAUUCUGAAAACAGAAACUAAGGAGUCUGAGAGUGCACAGAUUGUGACCGUCCAAUACACUGAAACUACUGAAGAGAAGAAUCCUGGCAGUGAGCUGCAGGUAUACUACGCACCUCACCACACCUACAGUGACUUCUUUGAUGAGAUCAAUCGCCGUGGCGACACUUUCUACGUAGUGUCUUUCCGCAGGGAUCAUCUUCUACUUCCAGCCACCAGCCACAACAAAGGAAGUCGACCCAAGAUGUCUGUGGUGUUGCCAGCCAUGAACAUAAAUGACAGCAUCAUAAGGAACAAAGAGUUUGAGGUGAUGAUGCAGAUCGACUGUGAAGUAACUGACACCAGGAUCCUCCACAUCAGGUCAUCCAGCAUCCCACCUCUCCUCAGGGUCAACAACACAGACACAUUGUACCAGCACUCAGCGACAGACAGCCAGGCCGCCCCUCCCGUCGGUGUGCUGAUGGGGUCUGCUUAAGAUCACCUGUGGCACCUGUAUGGUUUAUAACUCCUCUACAAAACACACAAACAUGGAGAACAUAAGACCUCUGUUCACACUUUUAUUUAUUAUUUUUUUAAGUUAGGAAGUAUAUUCCAAAACUGCCGUGACUUAACAAUUGUGAUUUAGAUAUGAAUGAAUGAGUAUAAAUAACCAGUCCGUCAUGACUGGGUUUCAUUCAGAUCAUUCAAAUCUAGAAGGAACGUAGCUCAAAUUGUCAGCACCAAGCAGUCGGUCUCAUUCUUUAUCUGGACUGAUAUCCAGAGGUAGUCUGUAGCUGCUUGUGUGGCAACAUUGAACUUCUCCCUGUACCCCCAGACGCCCCACAUAAGGGUAAUUGCUUAGCGGCAGGGAGCAGAGCAUUGAACCUGGAGUCACCCCGUUACAACACAAAUGCUUUUACCCCAUAGCAGCUCUGCUCAAGGCUGCUCUCAAGCUGCAAAGCCAGCGAAGGAAACAGAAAAUGAAUAUACUCCUAAGAUUAAUCUCACAGGGAACUUCACCAAUUAAAAACAGAAAAACAUUUGUGAUAUCAGUAUUUAGAAGUACAGUGUCAUAAUCAUCAUCACAUGUCGUUCUAAAUACAGCUAAUUUUAUUGAUGAAAUAGAAAUAUUAAAUGAGUCAACUCAGGAAGUCAGCUGAUGUGUGAAAGCUAGCAGGCUAAGCACUAUGUUUUCGGCUGGUUUCCGCUAGUUUAAGGAUUUCAGGUGCUCUGUUUUUAGCAUCGUUUCGAUGAAGAAUUUCAGUUCAGUCUUUGGGUCUUUGCACUGUGCUACACAGAUACAUAUUUAUUUUUUAUUAUAAUGUAACAGUGAUGCCAGCUCUUGUGGUGCGAGGAAAUUCGGUUAUUUCUCUCAGCUUUCUGCAGUCAAAAUUAAUUGAGUUUUAUCUUCUCCAACUCUUUGAUUAUGUCUUCUUGAAAUUUUUUAUUCAGCUAUAAAAAAACUAAAUGACAUAUUGUGUAUGCAGGAAUAUAUGGUGGAUUGGAAGGGAAAUCUGUAAACGUUAGAGCUGGAAGAUUUAUUUAGAGAUUUUAUCACAGAAAAACGUAUCUACAUCAGAUGUGAAACCCCUGCUUUGGCUGUUGAGCUAAAAAAGCUAAUGUUGGACAUUGAACAACUUAGUUUGAGCCCUGACUUCUCCGUCCACAGGCUGGAUUGCACUUGUACUUGGUGCACUUAAGCCUGUAUUGAAAUUGCAGCCUACUGGAAUUUUGGAAAAAAAUGUGAUCGAGUUGUAAUAAUUUCCAUGUACAAUAUCUGAUGUGUUUAGUACUACAAAUUGCACUAUGAAUGCAGAACCUGGGAAGAUCAGUUCUGGCUUUAAAGGCCUUAUAUUUAUGUGUGUAACCUUGUUUUCGCUACAUAUAACUGUGGGUAAAAUUAAUAUAAAGAAAAUUACACACCAUCAAAAUUACAAACGCUUUCCUUACAGACAGAUUUUGUAUAUGUUGAUAAAACAUGCUAUAAUUCUGUGUGCAUUUCUUUCAGCUACAUGAUUGUACAGAUCGUUAUGUUUUAGCUCAACAGAUGCCUAUAAAAAUUGUUCAGUUUAUGCACUUUGCUUGUGUUUUCUUUGGCCAGACCAUCUGUGUGUGUAAUUUUUCUCCCUUUUAGUUUCAAGAAUAUAUCUGAUUCACCGCAAUGUUUUCACUGCAUCCCAGCGGUGCUUAUUGUAGGGAUAAAGCAAGUGUACAAUUAAAAACUUUUUAGGUUGUGUUUUUUGUAUUCUGUUGUGCAUAAACCGAAAUAAACACUGGAUUUCCUCUAA